AUGACAUGGCUGGUUUCGCUGGAUCUCACCAACUAUGAAGCAACAAAAGAUAUACACUACUACGCGGAGACCGAUGCCCAGAGAUACAUACUCAAAGAUCCAGAUAUCGAAAUGCUUACUCGCAAUUUAACGGGAUUGGAGGAACUCUUGUUAGAUGGUGCAAAUGUAUCUGAUGUAGUACCGGAGUUUUUCGGUGAAUUCGGGAACUUGACUUCCUUACAUCUAAGUAGCUGUGAUUUGUACGGAAAAUUCCCAGAAAAGAUUCUUAAGUUACAAACCCUUCGAACUUUACAUUUAUCAUACAAUUAUCUUCUUCAAGGUUCUUUACCAGAAUUUCCAAGGAAUGGACUGCUUCAGGAUUUGGUGAUUCAAGGCGCGAGUUUCUCAGGUAAAUUACCAAAAACUAUUGGUAACCUCAGGGUGUUAUCCCGCUUAGAUCUCAGUUACAGUAGAUUUAAUGGAUCAAUUCCCACUUCAAUUUCCGAGCUUAACCAACUUCAAUAUGUAGAUUUAACCGGCAAUCGUUUAACAGGCUCAAUUCCUUCGGGAUUCAAUAGGCUUUCAAAACUUCAAUACUUCAACUUAGCGGAGAACAUUUUCACUGGAACAAUACCAAUGGAUUUGAUUACCCUAGAUUCACUUCAAGAGUUGCAUCUCAACGAAAAUCAGUUCACUGGUCUCUCUAGUGAUGUGUUAAUGGAUACUCUUCUUCUCUUGAGAUCCGUGAUCUGA